ACUUCUAAGAGACGUAACAAUGGACGUAGCAAGCACGGACGAGGACACGUCAAUCCAGUCCGUUGCACCAAUUGCGCAAGAUGUGUUCCAAAAGAUAAAGCUAUUAAGAAAUUUGUAAUUAGAAAUAUUGUUGAAGCAGCAGCUGUGAGAGAUAUCACAGAUGCAAGUGUCUAUGAAAAACAAAGACUCGUAUGUAAUUUUUUCUUUCAGACUUCUAAGAGACGUAACAAUGGACGUAGCAAGCACGGACGAGGACACGUCAAUCCAGUCCGUUGCACCAAUUGCGCAAGAUGUGUUCCAAAAGAUAAAGCUAUUAAGAAAUUUGUAAUUAGAAAUAUUGUUGAAGCAGCAGCUGUGAGAGAUAUCACAGAUGCAAGUGUCUAUGAAACUUACGCUCUACCAAAAUUAUAUGCAAAACUCCAUUAUUGUGUGUCUUGUGCUAUUCACUCCAAGAUUGUCAGAAAUAGAUCAAAAGAAGCCCGAAAGGAUCGUACGCCACCACCUCGAUUCCAGCGCCCACUAGGUGACAUUGGAGCUCGUGGUAACAUCCCUCGUGUCAUUAGCAAAUAAAAUGCUACUGUAAUUUUGAAAUAAAAGAAUUACUGUUUCCAUA